AUCGUAAAGUUAUGUGGGCUGCUGACUUCGAGGCGGCAUCUCUGUGACUAGUGAGAAUUUCCAACUCUUCCUUACGGUUGCAUCCUGGAGUACAAGGGAAGCUAAAUUCAAAACGGACGGAGUAACAUUCUUUAUUUUUUGCUGCUUAAGUUACGGUUUAAUCGAGAGUCCAGACUUUUUUUCUGCGGUAUGUUAAUUAUUUGACAUCCAGAGAGAGUGCGAAGAAGUCGACUGUCACACCACGUCAGCGAAACGGAUUCCUCAGGUUGAGAGCUGCAUGUCCACUCACCGGUGAAUGUCGAUACAUCAUCGGUGCUACUAUGGUCAGUAAAACUAAUGCACAUUAGAAAUACAUAAAAAUGCAAAGUUAAUUGUUUUGAAAUUAAUUAAAUGAGAAGACUUCUUAAUAUGUAAUCAUAUUAAUAAGGCAAUAUGAAAACCGAAGAGAUAUAGAUAGAAUGCCAGUGAGUCCUCCUCCAAGACUAAAAUAGGCUACUUUAUCAUUCACACAGAACUUUUUGCAACAUUUUGUCACCCUCGUCUCUCACCUUUAACAGGGCUGCGGCAAGGUGCUUUGGGCGGUUGUGGGGGCGGCUGUCGUCAUCACUUUAAUAACUGUCCCCAUGGCUAUAUAUCUGAAUAGUAAGUUUCUUUAUUUUAUCAUUCAUGUAUGAUUUCAACAUUUAAUUCAAUGAGAUAUGGUUUCCUUUCACUCUGUAAACAAUUUGCACACUAUGGUGUUCACUGAGUAGACAGUGUCUUAUGAUGCUCAUUUGCUGACGAAUGACCCUUCAAAUGGAUGAUUGUACAACUUCACCAAGUUCAAUUUAGUCAGUCAUAAAUAACCAACAAAACUCUGAUUUUAGUGUUCUUGUUUCACUUCACUGAAACUUCCAAUGUGAGCAGUAAUUGGUCUAUUCUAGAAUGAUUUACAUUUCUUGAAUCGUUCAAUCCAAAGAUGAGAUAGGAUGGGAGUUAUUGAACCACCGAUGUGAACAUUUCAAAUUCAAGUAGGCCUACUAUACAAUAUGGUGAUAACCAUGUGGCGCCACCAAGUGAUUGCUAUUGCCUUUGUGAAUGUAGUAGUAUACGAUUUCCAAGGAUUUGUUGAAGAUAUCCACUUUUGUGGAAAGUACUAGCGUAUUGUUUGAUAAUCUACAAACCAAUAUAUGCAGUCGUUGAUUCAAGUAAAAUGCAUCUGUCACUAAUUCAAGUAAAUUGUCAUGUUUCAGGAGAGGACGGAGGCCCCAAGAGGCCUUUUACCCUGGCAGAUUAUUUCAAUGACACAAUUAGGUAUAAAAUAUAUAAUUUGCGGUGGAUAUCAGGUAUUUCAUUGUUUUGUUUAUUCAAUUGCUUCCAAAAGCAUAUGCAUGCAUUCCUUGUCAUUAUCUGUUUUGAUUUUAAAGUGACUGCGUUUUGAUCAUGUCUCAAAAAGUUACAUUUCUGUCUUAUUCUCCUAUAGAUAACGAAUACGUGCAUAAAACGAGACAAGGCAACAUUAUGCUUCACAAUGCUGAAACAGGGGAUUUCUUUGAAUAUAUAAGCAACAAAACAUUUGUAAGAUAUUUUUCAUGCAAAGAGUAUUUUAAUCACCCGUAGUAUAUUUCAAAGCUAAUAAUGUAUUGACAUUUUAUAUUUUAAAUUUUUAUGUCAUAGGAACAAGUGGAUGCCACAGACUAUAUUAUUUCUGCUGAUCGGAAAUAUAUCUGCUUUGAGAGCAACUACUCCAAGGUAGUAUAUUGAAUGAUUGUUUAUAUUUUAGUUUGAUCAUGGGGUGUCUUUUUUAAUACACAACACUGAUUUACUGUAUAAUGUGUUUACAGCAAUGGAGACAUUCAUUCACAGCCUCUUACUCCAUCUAUGAAUAUGACAGUUCGUAAGUACAUCUCUGUUUCCUCAGUGAUAGUGUCUUCAGUUAAAUUCUAAUAAUGAAAAGCCAGACUCAACUACUCCUCUAUCACUAAAGACCUGAUGUUUCCAUCUUUUUCUCCCAGAACAUUUCUCAAUCCUGUGAACAUUCCACAAGUUGUGCAGUACUUUUCCUGGGCACCAACAGGAAACAAACUGGUAAUUAAAAACCAGUCUGAUACACUAUCUAGGGCAGUGUGUGCUAAAUGGCACCCUAUUCCCUAUUUAGUGUGCUACUUUGGACCAGGGCCCAUAGGGAAGUAGUGUACUAUGUAGGGAAUAGGGUGCCAUUUGGGAUUUAAACAGGGUGUUCAAAGUCAUGUGUAUACACUAUAAAAUACAAAGUCAAGUCUAUCCAUGGACAAUUUCAAACAACAACAGAACAAUAAAUCAGAUGAUAACCUACAUUUUAUUUGAAAAAACAACAUUUGCGACCUGACUAAGAGUUCUCUGAGGCCCUUGGUAAUUAUAACAAGUGUAUAAUGAGAAAAGAGUCUGGAGUGUAUUUAAUGUCAUUGCUAUUGCAUCGUUCAUCUGCUCACUAGUAUUCUGCUAGUUUUUGAAAACUGCUGGCACCAUAAUUUGCUCUCUCUCCAAUGGCGAGUAUGGGCGUUGGCCCAGAGAGAUGCAAAACACAGUGGGAUUAGCUGCUGCACCAACCAAAAUAAUCUGGUAUAAACUAAAGUCAAUGGAAUGCUGACAUUAACUUGACUGCUGAUCUCUCUGCCAGGCUUACGUCUGGAAUUACAACGUUUAUUUGAAACCCAACGCCACUGCUGAAGCCAUACAAGUGACCCAUAAUGGAAAAGAGAAUCAGAUUCUUAACGGUGCCCCUGACUGGGUAUAUGAGGGUGGGUAUUGAGUAGCAUUGACCCAUUUUAGGGGGAAGGGAUGAGGUGGAUUUCAUCACACACAAGGCUUUUGGGUAACUUGAUUUCUUCCACUUUUUUCAGAGGAGGUUUUCUCAUCGAAUGAGGCAAUAUGGUGGUCACCAACUGGAAAGUAUCUGGCUUAUGCUGAGUUUAAUGACACAGAGGUCCACACGAUCGAGUACUCUUUGUAUGGAUAUGGACAAUACCCCAGAACAGUGGUUGUCCCAUACCCAAAGGUGGGAUUUUGUCAUAUGUGCCUUUUUUAAAGCAUGGUAUGAAUGUCAUAAGAAUGAGAGACAUACCACAGAUAGCACGUAAUAGGUCAAAUAUAUACCAUGAUUAUACACAAAGUAUGUGAAUUAUAUGUACUGUACCCUUAAAAAAUGCUCAUGAUUUUUGAAGAUAGUUUUUGUUAUGCCUGUUAUCUCCUAUCAAGGCUGGCUCAACUAAUCCUAAGGCAAAGCUGUUUGUAGUGGACACAACAAAUCCAUCAAGACGGUCACAGGUGGUGGUGCCAGAUUCCAUUGGUGCAGGGUACAGUAUAAUGUCAUACUUUAAUAUAAAUUUGUAGUGGUUUAAAAAGUCUAGUAUGGUCAUAGUCAUGCACAUGUAAAAAGGGUGAUGUAAACCUGUCGCUUUGUGUUGUUUUUCUCCCAGUGAUCACUAUUUGAGUUCAGUCACUUGGGUGAUGGAUGAGCGCAUCGCUGUUCAGUGGACCAAGAGGAAGCAGAACCAUGUCCUUUUACAGAUGUAUGACUUUGAUGGAAACAACUGGAAUGAGAACCAGGUACUUGUCACCUCACCUCAGACUCUGUGGGUGAGCUCAUUGGUAGACAACAGCACUCAGGGAACAGAGAAUCAUGUGUUUUUCAACAUUAACACCAGGAAUGUUACUGUGUGACGCAUUCUGUAACUGUAUAGGCCUAAUAAAUUUCAAUUUUUUUUAUUUUAGAAAUAUGAACAAAUAAGCAAGACUGGUUGGGUUGGCCAAGUAAGUUCACAUACUGUAUAAUGAAAGAAACAUGAGAACUAAAUCUAGGUUCUGAAAUAUUUUGUUUAUGAUAAUACAUUAUUUAAAUUUUCCAGUAUGCUCCCCUCCAACCUAUGUUUGCAUUGGAUCAUAUCAGUUUCUACAAAGUGAUGAGUGACACAUACGGUUAUAAACACAUUCACCAUGUGAAAGAUGUGAGUAUUUUAUACCUCAAGGUGAUUGUUUAAUCAAAAUCAAAUCAACGUUUAUUUUCUUUAUGCACAGAUACACGUUGUGUACACAGUACAAUAAAAUGCUUACUUGCAUGUAAAUGUUAGCAAUAUCAGAAUGCAAUACCUAUGAAAGUGUAUAUCAUUCCAAAGGGCAAGGCAACACCCAUUACCGCAGGCAAGUGGGAGGUAAUCUACAUUUCAAAACUCACCAAAGACGCUAUGUAAGUACAGAUGCACAAGACGUAUGUAUGUAAGAACUAGAAAAUUAUUAUUAUAAACGAUGUCAUGUGUGUUGCUCCUUCAGAAUGCUUCUUCACUAUCUUUUCUUUUUCACAGAUACUAUGUAAGUAAUGAGUACCAAGGAAAGCCUGGACAGAGAAAUCUAUACAAGUAAGAAAUCAAUUUAGCUUAAUUCAAUAACAAAAUAGAGUAAACCUACUAUUUAUCUAUCACUAUGACCACAUUGUCUUUGAUGUGUUUCUCAUGAUCCCCAUGGAUAUUUCAUUUCAAGUGAUUUCCCUAAAUUCUUAAUCAUUCUGAAUUCAAAAUAAACUAUAAAAGUAUGUUCAAUUGCUUCCAUAAAUAUUUGCGUUAUUCAGACGGAGAUGUUAACUCGUAUGAACCUGUGUCUGUUUGUUUGUUUGACAGGGUUACGAUCGGAAGCAGCCACUCUGCUCCCCAGUGCCUCACCUGUGGCCUGUAUAAGGACAGGUGUCAGUACAACUCAGCCUACUUCAGCUAUGAUGCCUCCUUCUACCGCAUGGACUGCUAUGGUCAGUUACCCCAUUCCCCAUUCACACCCUGAGCACUAACCCAUUCAUGAUCCAUGCAGAAUAUCAAUGAGUGAUACAGAAGGCGUCCCAAAUGACACCCUAUUCCCUAUGUAGUGCACUACUUUUGACCAGGGCCCAUAGGGAAUAAGGUGCCAUUUGGGACGUUGACACAGUCUCAGUUCUGACCUAGUACCUGAGGUUAUGUGGUGAACAAUUAGCCUACGUGAUGUCAUACUGUAUUGUGUGUGCUGAUUGUUUCUUUACAGGACCUGGAACACCGUUGUUCACGCUCAGGGACAAUAGAGGCUCAGGUGAAGGUAUGCAAAAAGUACCACUACUAUGAAGAUACUCUUUGUAACUGAGCAAUAUACAGGUUCAUGAAUCUUUACCGUAAACGGGGAACUUCUGAUUUGACUUUCAAUUGAUAAAGUUGUUUUGUUUUAGAGCUCCUGGUUCUUCGUGACAACAAAGAUCUUGAAGAUAUGCUAAAAGAAUUCCAAAUGCCAACCAUGCAGCGUGGGACCCUGAGGGUAGCAGGAUUUGGUGAGUGAUAGUUUUAGAGACUGGUGGAUCCAAUCAAAUCAUGCCAUGCAAAAUCAAAUGUACAUAUGUAGGAUCUUAAUUUAAGCCAGUUUGCUACAUCAGAUAAAUAAUCCUGUAGCAACAGGAAAUUUGAAAUCAAAUCAAAUCAAACUUUAUUUGUCACAUGCGCCGAAUACAACAGGUAUUAACAACCUUACCGUGAAAUGCUUACUUACAAGCCCUUAACCAACAAUGCAGUUCAAGAAAGAGUUAAGAAAAUAUUUACCAAAUUAACUUAAGUAAAAAAUAAUAAAAAGUAACACAAUAAAAUAACAAUAACGAGGCUAUAUACAGGGGGCACCGGAACCGAGUCAAUGUGCGGGGGUACAGGUUAGUCGAGGUAAUUUGUACAUGUACUGUAGGUAGGGGUAAAGUGACUAUACAUAGAUAAUAGACAGCGGGUAGCAGCAGUGUAAAAACAAAUGUAAAUAUUUGAUUAAUUGUUCAGCAGUCUUAUGGCUUGGGGGUAGAAGCUGUUAAGGAUCCUUUUGGUCGUAGACUUGGCGCUCCGGUACUGCUUGCCGUGCGGUAGCAGAGAGAACAGUCUAUGACUUGAGUGACUGGAGUCUUUGACAAUUUUUUGGGCUUUCCUCUGAAACCACCUAGUAUAUAUGUCCUGGAUGGCAGGAAGCUUGGCCCCAGUGAUGUACUGGGCCGUACGCACUACCCUCUGUAGCGCCUUAUGGUCAGAUGCCGAGCAGUUGCCAUACCAGGCGGUGAUGCAACCGGUAAGGAUAUUCUCCAUGGUUCAGCUGUAUAACUUUUUGAGGCUCUGGGGACCCAUGCCAAAUCUUUUCAGUCUCCUGAGGGGGAAAAGGUGUUGUCGUGCUCUCUUCACGACUGUCUUGGUGUGUUUGGACCAUGAUAGCUUGUUGGUGAUGUGGACACCAAGGAACUUGAAACUCUCGACCCGCUCCACUACAGCCCCGUCAAUGUUAAUGAGGGCCUGUUCAGCCAGCCUUUUCCUGUAGUCCACGAUCAGCUCACAUUGAGGGAGAGAUUGUUGUCCUGGCACCACACUGCCAGGUCUCUGACCUCCUCCCUAUAGGCUUUCUCAUCGUUGUCGGUGAUCAGGCCUACCACUGUUCUGUCGUCAGCAAACUAAAUGAUGGUGUUGGAGAUGUGUUUGGCCACACAGUCGUGGGUGAACAAGGAGUACAGAAGGGGACUAAGCACGCACCGCUGAGGGGCCCUAGUGUUGAGGAUCAGCGUGGCAGACAUGUUGUUGUUGCCUACCCUUACCACCUGGGGGCGGCCUGUCAGGAAGUCCAGGAUCCAGUUGCAGAGGGAGGUGUUUAGUCCCAGGGUCCUUUGUAGGCACUAUGGUGUUGAACGCUGAGCUGUAGUCAAUGAACAGCAUUCUCACAUAGGUGUUCCUUUUGUCCAGGUGGGAAAGGUCAGUGUGGAGUGCGAUUGAGAUUGCAUAAUCUGUGGAUCUGUUGGGGCGAUAUGCGAAUUGGAGUGGGUCUAGUGUAUCCGGGAUGAUGCUGUUGAUGUGAGCCAUGAACUGCCUUUCAAAGCACAUCAUCGCUACCGACAUGAGUGUUACUGGGCGGUAAUCAUUUAGGCAGGUUACUUUUGCUUCCUUGGGCACAGGGACUAUGGUGGUCUGCUUGAAACAUGUAGGUAUUACAGACUCGGUCAGGGAGAGGAUGAAAAUGUCAGUGAAGACACUUGUCAGUUGGUCCGCGCAUGCUUUGAGUACACGUACUGGUAAUCCAUCUGGCCCUGCGGCUUUGUGAAUGUUUACCUGUUUGAAGGUCUUGCUCACAUCGGCUACCGAGAGCGUUAUCACACAGUCGUCCGGAACAGCUGGUGCUCUCAUGCAUGCUUCAGUGUUGCUUGCCUCGAAGCGAGCAUAAAAGGCAUUUAGCUCGUCUGGUAGGCUCCCGUCACUGGGCAGCUCACGGCUGGGUUUCCCUUUGUAUUCCGUAAUGGUUUUCAAGCCCUGCCACAUCCGACGAGCGUCAGAGCCGGUGUAGUAGGAUUCAAUCUUAAUCCUGUAUUGAAGCUUUGCCUGUUUGAUGGUUCGUCUGAGGGCUUAGCGGGAUUUCUUAUAAGCGUCCGGAUUAGUGUCCAGCUCCUUGAAAGCGGCAGCUCUAGCCUUUAGCUCGAUGCGGAUGUUGCCUGUAAUCCAUGGCUUCUGGUUGGGAUAUGUACGUACGGUCACUGUCUGGACGACGUCGUCGAUGCACUUAUUGAUGAAGCCGAUGACUGAGGUGGUAUACUCCUCAACGCCAUUGGAUGAAUCCCGGAAAAUAUUCCAGUCUGUGCUAGCAAAAGAGUCCUGUAGCGUAGCAUCCGUGUCAUCUGACCACUUCCAUAUUGAGCGAGUCACUGGUACUUCCUGCUUUAGUUUUUGCUUGUAAGCAGGAAUCAGGAGGAUAGAAUUAUAGUCAGAUUUGCCAAAUGGAGGGCGAGGGAGAGCUUUGUAUGUGUCUCUGUGUGUGGAGUAAAGGUGGUCUAGAGUUGUUUUUCCUCUAGUUGCACAUGUGACAUGCUGGUAGAAAUUUGGUAAAAUGGAUUUAAGUUUGCCUGCAUUAAAGUCCCCGGCCACUAGGAGCGCCGCUUCUGGAUGAGCAUUUUCUUGUUUGCUUAUGGCCUUAUAUACAGUGAGGGAAAAAAGUAUUUGAUCCCCUGCUGAUUUUGUACGUUUGCCCACUGACAAAGACAUGAUCAGUCUAUCAUUUGGUAGGUUUAUUUGAACAGUGAGAGACAGAAUAACAACAAAAAAAUCCAGAAAAACGCAUGUCAAAAAUCGUAUAAAUUGAUUUGCAUUUCAAUGAGGGAAAUAAGUAUUUGACCCCUCUGCAAAACAUGACUUAGUACUUGGUUGCAAAACCCUUGUUGGCAAUCACAGAGGUCAGACGUUUCUUGUAGUUGGCCACCAGGUUUGCACACAUCUCAGGAGGGAUUUUGUCCCACUCCUCUUUGCAGAUCUUCUCCAAGUUAUUAAGGUUUCGAGCCUGACGUUUGGCAACUCAAACCUUCAGCUCCCUCCACAGAUUUUCUAUGGGAUUAAGGUCUGGAGACUGGCUAGGCCACUCCAGGACCUUAAUGUGCUUCUUCUUGAGCCACUCCUUUGUUGCCUUGGCCAUGUGUUUUGGGUCACUGUCAUGCUGGAAUACCCAUCCACGACCCAUGUUCAAUGCCCUGGCUGAGGGAAGGAGGUUCUCACCCAAGAUUUGACUGUACAUGGCCCCGUUCAUCGUCCCUUUGAUGCGGUGAAGUUGUCCUGUCCCCUUAGCAGAAAAACACCCCCAAAGCAUAAUGUUUCCACCUCCAUGUUUGACGGUGGGGAUGGUGUUCUUGGGGUCAUAGGCAACAUUCCUCCUCCUCCAUACACGGCGAGUUGAGUUGAUGCCAAAGAGCUCGAUUUUGGUCUCAUCUGACCACAACACUUUCACCCAGUUCUCCUCUGAAUCAUUCAGAUGUUCAUUGGCAAACUUCAGACAGGCCUGUAUAUGUGCUUUCUUGAGCAGGGGGACCUUGCGGGCGCUGCAGGAUUUCAGUCCUUCACGGCGUAGUGUGUUACCAACUGUUUUCUUGGUGACUAUGGUCCCAGCUGCCUUGAGAUCCUUGACAAGAUCCUCCCGUGUAGUUCUGGGCUGAUUCCUCACCGUUCUCAUGAUCAUUGCAACUCCACGAGGUGAGAUCUUGCAUGGAGCCCCAGGCCAAGGGAGAUUGACUUGUUCUUUUGUGUUUCUUCCAUUUGCGAAUAAUCGCACCAACUGUUGUCACCUUCUCACCAAGCUGCUUGGCGAUGGUCUUGUAGCCCAUUCCAGCCUUGUGUAGGUCUACAAUCUUGUCCCUGGCAUUUUUUCCCUCACUGUAGCUCGUUGAGUGCGGUCUUAGUGCCAGCAUUGGUUUGUGGUGGUAAAUAGAUGGCUACGAAUAAUAUAGAUGAGAACUCUCUUGGUAGAUAGUGUGGUCUAUAGCUUAUCAUAAGGUACUCUACCUCAGGCGAGCAAUACUUUGAGACUUAUUUAAUAUUAGACAUCACGCAUCAGCUGUUAUUGACAAGUAGACACACACCCCUGCCCCUCGUCUUACCAGACGUAGCUUCUCUGUCCUGCCGAUGCAUGGAAAAUCCUGCCAGCUCUAUAUUAUUUGUGUCGUCGUUCAGCCAUGACUCAGUGAAACAUAAGAUAUUACAGUUUUUAAUGUCCCGUUGGUAUGAUAUUCUUGAUCGUAGAUCAUCCAUUUUGUUUUCCAAUGAUUGCAUGUUGGCCAAUAGAACGGAUGGUAGUGGAAGUUUACUCACUCGCCUACGAAUUCUCAGAAGGCAGCCCGACCCCGCCCCCCUUUUCUCUGUCUUUUCUUCACUCAAAUGACGGGGAUUUGGGCCCGUUUAUGGAUUAUAAUUCAUGGACAUUUGUGUAGGGGUUGAAACAUUUUUUGUAAGGGAAAAUCAAGUCUGAAAUUUCAAAGUGUAAAUUACAAACUUCAGAAGCCUUUUUAAACCUCAAAUACACUACAAUUUCUAAAUUUCCUGCAUUGCAGGAAAGUUCUCCUGCAACAGGGUGAUCAAAUUAAGAUCCUACAUCUGUAUUUCUAAUUGCCUCAUGUUUCACUACCUUUUGCCAACAGAUCUAUGGUAUCAGAUGAUGUUACCCCCCAAUUUCCAAAAAAACAAAAAGUACCCUCUUCUAAUUGAUGUGUAAGUAUAUAGGCUUAAGUAUCUUUAAAGAGGAUUUGCAGAGUAUUAAUUAGCCCUGCCAUUUUAUGUCAGCUGUGACUGUGUCAAGUUGAUAUACUGAUUUACCUUACAGAUAUGGUGGCCCCUGUAGUCAGAAAUCAGAUUAUCGCUACAGACUGAACUGGGGUUCGUACCUCUCCAGUACGGAGGGGAUCAUAGUGGCCAGUUUCGAUGGAAGGGGAAGCGGUUACCAAGGUGACAAAAUAAUGCACUCUAUCUACCAACGUCUUGGAACAUUUGAAGUGGAAGAUCAAAUAACGGCCGUAAGGUAAAGUACCAUUGAAGUACAGAGACCUCAGUGUGUAAAGUAUAACAUCUGUUUAACAAUAUGUACAAAUAAUAAUAAUAAUAAUAAUAAUAAUAAUACAAGACGUAAUGUAUUCAUAUCUGAUAAUGAAUGCGAAUUGGGAGUAUCCCAAAGUGGGCUAUCUGUUGUUCUUGAAAAAGGUCUCAUCAAUUGAAUCUGCUCCUGUCAGUUUUUGAUUGUGAUGAGAUCAACACUUUAAUGACAUAUAGCUAGAGCAGAUCAAAUAAAGAUGUUGUUUUUUUGUCACUAGAAAAUUUAUUGACAUGGGCUUUAUAGACAAAGAACGUAUAGCCAUAUGGGGUUGGGUAAGUUGGACAUUCUCUUUGAUUUUGACAAUAUUUCUUAUAAAUCUGUUGUUGUAAAUACACAGUAUUUGUUGAAUUAAACUAUAACUGAUGUGGUUUGAAAUAAUCUGUUUUUCAGUCAUAUGGUGGCUAUGUCACGUCGAUGGCUUUGGGUGCUGGAAGUGGAGUUUUCAAGUGUGGAAUAGCAGUUGCCCCAGUAGCUAAGUGGGAAUAUUAUGGUAUGUAUCAGUGCGUAUAAUCGUAGAAGAGGUCAAAUAGUAAGAAUUGAGAUUUAGUCAUGCAUAAACUUCAAAAGCCAGUGUUUGUUUCAUCCUAUAUGAGUUCAGUCACUAUCUGGAUAUUCCUUUUCCAGACUCGGUGUAUACUGAACGCUAUAUGAGUAAACCGGAGGAGAAUGCUGACUCUUACAAGGUAAAGACCACAGAAAUAGAAUGAAUAGAACGGACAUCCCCAUUCAAGUCAAUGAUGGCAUAAUGGGUGGACUGGCAGCCAUUUUGAGUGUACCCACGCCUAGGUCAAAAAUAUACAGAUUAAGACAAUGUCGUCACAAAUCUGGGACCAGCAUUGUUGCUAUCUACCAGCUCCCUUACUAACUAGCAUAGCAACCCAUUGUUGCAAAGAGUUAUGAGACAUUAGAAUCCCGUUGUCUUAACCUUUGUCAUCUUCAACCUAGACCCAUGCUAGGUUCAAAAUAUACAGGUUAUUUUCGAACGCUUCCGCAUGGAAUUAUUACGUUGUCUUAACCUUCCCAUCUUCAACCUAGACCCAUGCAGGAAGUGUACCCUUCAAUUUGUGCUGUGAUUUGUUGAGUCUACUCAACUGCCAUUACAAUAAAUGCAUUCAUUGCAUGAGCCACAACAGUUAGUAUAAUUUAAAUGAACAUUGUGCAUUACCAUGGCAAUUCAGCAUAGUCCCAGUCCGUAUUAGAUAGAAUGUCGCGGCCCUGCCCACCUGUGGGGAAAAUAAAAUAACCUGUGGUUACCUAGAUUACCACAUUGGCUCACAGCAAAAACUUGACUUUUUCUAAUGCAAUUUUCUUGUUGUCUGUUUGUUUUAGUCAAAUUACAAAACUACAUUUAAGAAAGUAAAACAUGUCUAAAGAUUACUUUUCAACAUUGCCUGCUCCCGGGCAUUCUCACUAUUUAGAAAAAUGUAAUAUUGUAGGGCUUCCCUUAUGCCCCUUUACAUGAUGGCUCUAUCAGCCACGUGACUGAGUGCUAGUUAUCUACCGACCAGAACAUUAAGCUAGCCAAGACUAACAACACAAACAAAUGGACUAUACAGCUACAAGUAGUGAGUGGCGUUACAAACAAACUAUACUAAACAAGUUAAAUGUCUUACCUGUGAUUAAAUGUUUUCCACACAUAGCUAUGUGUAGCCUACUUGGACACCAGGGCCCAGAUUCACAAAACACUUCUUACACAAAAACUUAAGAACCAUCUUAAGGAAAAUAAUAAGAAGUUCAUAAGAUAGUUUGUAGGUGCAAUUCCUCAACAAUAUCUUAAGAUUUAAUGAUUUUCUUAUGAACUUCUCAAAUAGCUUCUUACUAAUCUUUUUAAGAUGUGUGUUGCUAGGCAAACGAUUUAGCUAGCUAUCUAGCUAGCAAUGGCAAUCAUGAGAUGACUGUUCUAAAACAUGUUCUUGGGUUUAAAAUAAUCAAUACUGAAACUUUCAGAUGAAUUUGUGAGUGAAUUAAACAUGUUCAAUUGCUUUCAUGAGUUUAUUCUCUCACUGCCCUGAGUUUAAGGGUUUAGCUAUCUUGGAAUUAAGAACAUUUCCAAAAACCUUAUUUUCAAGAAUCUAAUUUAUUCUGAAAUUUUUGCUUAAGGAGAAACAAGAACCUUUUUGAGGAAUAGCAACUUUGCUUAACUUUCUUCUUAAGUUGAUAGUUAAGAAAAAAAUGGCAGUUAAGAAGACAUUUCUAUUUAAGAAGGUUUUGUGAAUCUGGGCCCAGGUUCCCACUCUCCCAUGCCGAAUAGCCUGAAGCCACAGUGCUCUUCUCGCAGGCUCUAUUUCCCUACGUGGGAGCAUUGCGAACCGUAGGUCGGGAUUUUUUACACUGGGGGUCAAUGGGAAAGAAUGUUUGUUUUUCCCAAUUUGUGGGCGUGGUCGAGGGUAAUUCCUUAUUACUAUGUGAAUAUCGACCUCGAGUAUCAGUUGAUAGAACAUUCCAAAUUACCAUGGAAAUUAAUGCAUCACAAUACCAGGCAGCCAUUGUGAGUGUACCCAUGAGUUUACCAGUCAAAUUGCCAGGUUAGAGCUUCCACGCCAGUUCUAUUAAUUCUAUUUCUAUGGUAAAGACAUCGGAAACAUCACAAAGCAUGGUCCCUCUUUAUUUGGAUAGUCAUCACAUAAUCUGUUGUAUGUCAACCAUAACUGUGUCCACAUACAGACAACUUUCUAUUCAUCAGAAUUCCACAGUAACAAGUAGAGCAAAGAAUUUCAAAUCAGUGGACUAUCUCCUCAUUCAUGGGACAGCUGAUGGUAUGUGUUUCUGUUUCAGUGAAAUACUGUAUUUUACAUUCUAAACAACCACACGCUCAUACACAAUGUUGUAUUCUUAAUGUGUAAUCUAUAGAAUACAGUAAUCAGUAUAGCCAUUAAGAGGCUCCUGAUCUUGUGCAAAAUAGGAUUAAUCGUAUUUUGACUGAUGCAUAUGCUUCCUUGUUCAAGCAGGUAUUACAAACAGUUUGUUUUUCCUGUAGACAAUGUUCACUUCCAGCAAUCUGCACAGAUCUCCAAAGCCCUGGUUGACCAGCAAGUUGACUUUGAGGCGAUGGUAAAUAUUGGUUUUGGGGAGGACUACCAGAGAGGGGCGGUGGGGAUGACGUGUUGCACUUGGAGUUUGACUGAGGAGUGUCUUAUACUCUUCAUCGGUUCUGAUCUACAUGUUUGAUAAAGCCCUUAACUGAUAGUCCCAGGGCUAAGUACAGUACGUGCAAGGAUAUUUUGGGGAGUUAGUACUGUAUGUUACAACUUUAAUUACACACAUUUUACAGUCUAUAAGACAUUUUAGAUGUCCUACACUGACCUAUCUUAUACGUAUCUAUGAUAUAAUUUAUGAUAUAGGACCUAUAUAUGACCUAUCUAUGAGCUAUAUCUAGACUCUGCUACAGACUUUCACCUGUGAGCGAAGCCUGGAGUCUAACCUAUGUCUUACACCUUAUCUAGAAUAAUAGCAAUUGUGUCUUUUUGUAUUAUUUUCAGUGGUACACUGACAGGGAUCACGGACUUGGAGGAUCUGCCUACCAUCACCUCUACACCCACAUGAGUCAAUUCUUACAGAAAUGUCUUGUCAAACCCAAGUUGAUCUAAUAACCCCUUACGAAGUUUGAUGCCUUCUCAUUGUAUCCGUAUGACAGCAUUUAUACAGUAUAUUGCUACAAUAAAAAUGUUGACAGUUUUUCUUUAAUUAUGUUCUUAUUAAUAUUCUGGACUGAGGAUUCCAUGCUUUUGAAGUCUGUAGUUUUUUUAUAAGUUAUAUACUGUAAUUAAUAUUUUGUUGCUUGUAUUGACUAUUUGUAUUUGAUAUGAAAUGAUUGUGCUGAUCAAAGAAAAAAUGUGACCACCACUAUGUACUCAAAGCCAUUGCAUGUUGGUAUAAUGGUAUUUUAUAUCAAUGACUUCAGUAAUAUUGGUUAAAAUUGUUACUGCACUGAAUUUGUUGUGUAAUGUUCAAAUCUUGGUUUUAUUUUACAUUGUAUGUGAAAUAUAAGUAAACUGUAUAGGAAUUUAAAAAUGGUUAUAACCAUUUUCUGGUUUGAAACUGUUAAUUGUCCUUACAUGUGUUCAAAAGAAACAACUCUAUGAAGUUAAAACAUAUAUUGACAGACAUUUUGGAAUUGGUUAUCUAUCUAGCAUGUUUGAUACACUACCGUAUCAUGUUUAUUAGGUUAAAAAAAGGGAAAUUGUGUAUAUGUAGGCUUAUUAGAAAAUUGUGAAAAGAUCUUAUGGUAUAUGAUUGUUCAGUCUGGACAUAUUAUUGAUACAGACUGUGUGUUUUGCAUAUGAUCAUAAGAGUAUUGAACAAAUAAACAACUGAAUAUAAAACUGAAGAA